AUGGCACUACCGGUGGCGGACGACGAUGACCUGCAUAAGCUGAACCAGGAGGAGCGGGAAGCUGAAGUGCGGCUGGCAACGCAGAAGGAACAUGAGAUGGGCGUUGUCGAGGCAAUCAAGCUAUACCCAAAAGCCACUGCUUGGUCACUACUCUUCUGCAUGGGCGUUAUCAUGAACGGGUUUGACGCGCAGGUGAUAGGGAAUAUGUUUCCCGUGGCUAGAUUUCAGCGAGAUUUUGGAUACCAGUUUGAGGGGAAGUGGAAUAUAUCCGCUGCCUGGCAGUCAGGCUUGAGGUGA